AUAAGUGUGACCAUUGAUGCCAAACAAUGCCAAGAUUCUAGCGCCCAUUUUUUGCGAGGUUAAAAUAAAUUUGGCAAGCCGGCUGCAACUGCAAAGUACAGUGCCAGUAGUUAAUUUAAUAAAUUGAGUACAAAUUAAACUUACCAUGUCCAUGUCCAACUUCAACUUCGCCAGCAUGGCGGCCCAACUUGGCCAGGAGCAGGGCGUUUCGUUCCAGGACAAGGCGCUCACCUGGGACACAGCUGCCGAUGUCCAGGACGUGGUGGAUGCCCUCAACAAACAGACCACGGUGCACUACCUCAAUCUGGACGGGAAUACGCUGGGCGUGGAGGCGGCCAAGGCGAUUGGCGAGGCUCUAAAGCGUCAUCCCGAGUUCCGCAAGGCGCUGUGGAAGAAUCUCUUCACGCGUCGCCUCAAAUCGGAGAUUCCGGAGGCACUGAAGCACCUGGGAGCAGCACUCAAUGUGGCGGGGGCCAAGCUAACGGUCCUGGAUCUCAGCGACAAUGCCUUGGGACCGAAUGGCAUGCGGGGAUUGGAGGAGUUCCUGCGAUCGCCCGCCUGCUAUUCCCUGCAGGAACUGCUCCUUUAUAAUUGUGGCCUGGGACCCGAAGGCGGCAGCAUGCUGUCCAAGGCCCUCAUCGAUCUGCAUGCCAACGCCAAGAAGGCCGGAUCCCCGCUGCAGUUGCGCGUCUUUGUGGGUGGACGUAAUCGUCUCGAGAAUGCAGGCGCCAAGUCCCUGGCCAAAGCUUUUUCAACUCUCAAGACCUUUGAGGAGAUUGUCCUGCUGCAAAACUCCAUUUACUUCGACGGCGUCGAGGCCCUGGCGGAAUCCUUCAAGGAGAAUCCGCAUCUACGGGUAUUGAACAUGAACGAUAACACCCUGCGGUCCAAUGGAGCGGAAAAGAUAGCCGAAGUUCUGCCAUUCGUUCCUUUGCUCCGGGAAUUCAACUUUGGCGACUGCCUGAUCCGCACAAAUGGCGCCUACCACUUUGGUGAGGCUCUGGAGAACUCCAACGAUCAACUGGAGGUGGUCGACUUGGGUUUCAAUGAAAUCAACAGCGAUGGCGGCAUGGUCUUGGUGAACGCCAUGCGAAACAAGCCCAAGCUGCGCUUCCUUAGCCUCGAUGGCAAUUACUUUGGUCACGAGGGCGUCGAUCAGAUAAUCAAAGAAAUGGCCAAGUUACCAAAUGCUGCCGCGCUGCAACCGUUCGAGGAAAUCCUCUCCGAGGACGAGGACGAGGAGGCAUCUGGGGAGGAGGAUGAAGCUGAGGGCCAAGAAGAUGAUUAUGAUGACGAUGAUGAGGAGGAGGAGUACGACCAGCAUGAGCAUGCCAACGACACCACUGAAGAGGCCGACGAAGACGACGAGGAAUAUGGCACGCUUGCCGAGGAGACCGCCUAUGUCACCACCAAUGCCUACACGACCAAGCUCUUUAACGACUCGGUCAACUCGAAAGCCGGUGAUACUUUUGCAGUCGCCAACAAGACAAUCAGCCAGAAGUGCACGCCCGAGGAGUUCUGCCUGAGCCAAACACCCUGCUCCCAGCAACAGUUUGAGUCUCUGGAUCCGGACAACAAGCUCCAAGCCCUGCAGUUCAUUGUCAACCAAUUCACCGGCGACAACCAUUUGCUGCUGCUCGUCUUCACUACCUUGAAGUGCGCGCAUUUGUCGCAAUCCUCGAAAGCUGCCUUGGAUCUGGCCGUCUCGCUGUACCAGGCCACCUUCGACUACGCACUUAAAACGAAGCAGGAGACCCGUGUACUCAACUAUGUCCUGAUGCAGCUGCGCCUGCUGCGCUGCGAGGAGCCAUUUACGUCGGACUACGAUGUCAAGAGCUGCCGGUUCGCACUACGCGAGGCGCUCAAGCAGCCGAAGUUCGCCAACGACAACAUAAAGAAUUCCUUUAAGACUUUCCUCGAUGGGGUGGAUGUGUAAACCAUGCAGAAGAAGAGAUUAUUUAUAUUUCCUACGUUCCAAUAUACUGCAUCAUUGGUGAAUAAAAUAUAUUAUUCAUA